ACUCAAUUAUUUGAUAUAAAUAAAAGUUUCUUUCCAUUUAUUUGGAAAAAUAUUGUUAAAUUACCACUUAAAACAAUCUGAACACAAGACACUCGUAAACAACGUUCACGCGACCGUGUCAAAUAGUUCGCUGUAUUAUCUAACUUUCACCAUGUCCCAUAAGUGUAGUGUUGUGAGUAGUGAUAUUAGACGAAAGGACGAAAAUUUUUAUAGAUUUCCAAAAUCUGAAACAGAACUCCAAAAAUGGGUAGAGUGCGCAUUGGUUCUGAAAGAUUGCAAAGUGUGCUGAACUUACAAAAACAGAAAAGGUUUUUCUCAUCGCCACGCGUGAGAUCUCGCCUCUGCAUCGACGCUUAUCCAACAUUAUUUAGUGCUGAUGAGAUCACUACUGAUAUUGGGGCAUAUAGCUUACACCACGACGCCGAUGGAACCAAAAAUGUCUCUCAUGAGCACAAUUUUUGCAAGAGGAGACUGCAUGAAAACCAUUCCUACAGCAAAGUUGAAGUUCCAGAGAAAAGUAGUGAUGCACACAUUUACUCCACACCUCGACGCCCUAGACGAAGAAGGCGUGUGAUUGUCACGAAAAAGUCUGACAUCAAUUUGUGCAAGAAUUUACUCUGAGUACAUGAGACCCAGAAAACA